CAGAGCAGGAUUUCUUUCUCCUCGGGAAUUUUGGGGCAUUGUAGUUAGGAUUUUUCCCCUGCUUCAGGUGGGGAAAAUCCAAAAAAAGUUUCUCCAGGACAGUUUUCCACGGGGGACUCGCUCUCCUGCAGAACCCGUGGUGCCCAGCAAUUCCAUUUGAAGCCUUUCCCGGGUUUUAAAAUCCAAAGUCCCAUCCACGCCUGUGGUUGUGGGCACGGGAUCAGUGACAGGGCUGGGAUUUCCCAGGCACUGGGAUCGAUUCAAGGUCCCUGGUGAGCACAGCUCGAUCUUACAGCCCAACAAACUCCUGGGCAUGAGCUGCUCCCAAAGGCCGCUGGAAUUUGGCUCUGCUGCUCAGGAUUCCCAACGGCAGGAAAGGAAAAUCCCGAGAGAAAAAGAAAUCCCGGGGAUUCCCAGGGCAGCAGGAAACCCUUUGGGCAGCAGCAGAGCCGAGCGCAGAAAAACGCAGCCAAGGCACAAACCUGACUCUCCCCAAACUCUCCUUCCCCCCGUUUUUCCCCGCUGGCGGAAGGCCCCAGAGCAGGAUCCCGUUUGCCGAGAUGUCGUCAGGAGCGAUGAUGAGCAGCGGCUGCUCGUCCCCGUGCGAGGUCUCCUGUCCCCAGCCCUACGCCGACGCCUGGAGCCAGCCCUGCGUCACCUCGUGCGCGGACUCGCGGGCCGUGGUCUACCCUCCGCCCGUGGUCAUCACCUUCCCGGGGCCCAUCCUCAGCUCCUGUCCCCAGGAGAGCUUCGUGGGCACCACCUUCCCGUCGGGGGCCAUGGGAUCCUCGGGAACCGCGGGCGCCAUCGGCGGGGGCUCCAUGGGGGGCAGUGGGGGCUCCUACGGGGGCGGCAGCUCCAUGGGGGGAAUUGGGGGUUCCAUGGGGGGAAUUGGGGGUUCCAUGGGGGGAAUUGGGGGUUCCUAUGGAGGUGGUUCCAUGGGUGGAUCCUAUGGGGGCAGCUCCAUGGGUGGAUCCUAUGGGGGCAGCUCCAUGGGUGGAUCCUAUGGGGGCGGCUCCAUGGGUGGAUCCUAUGGGGGCGGCUCCAUGGGUGGAUCCUAUGGGGGCAGCUCCAUGGGUGGAUCCUAUGGGGGCGGCUCCAUGGGUGGAUCCUAUGGGGGCAGCUCCAUGGGUGGAUCCUACGGAGGGAGCAGAUCCUUCGGCUCCGGGGGCUCCUUUGGAGGGGGCCGAUCCUUUGGGAGCAGGAGACACUUCGGCUCCUCGAGCGGGGGCUUCGGGGGCUCCUGCGGCGGGGGCAGCUCCUUCGGGGGCGGCUCCUGCGCGGGGGGCUCCUAUGGAGGGGGCAGCUCCAUCUCCAGGAGGUUCGGAGGAGGAAACUGCGGCUCCUUUUAUUUCUGAGGCGGCGCCGCCUCUCCGGCCAGCGGCCCCGGGCCGGGCUCGGCUCCUGGGGAAGCUGCGAGCCGGGGACAGCCGAGGA